UUUUGUAUACGUAUAAACGUCAGUUUUGACACAACAAAUAAACAUAAUUUUUAGUGAUAAAUGCGAGUAAAUUAAAAGGCUCGCAUAUGAAUUUAGGACUGUUUAAUCGUAUGAACUUGAAAGAAAGCGGCGACAAUAAAGGAAUGUAUUCAGAAUGGACGUCUUUAAAUCUGAUCGUCCAUCAGUCAGGGGAGGAAAACCAAAGUGUCUUGGAAAAGUUCGGCAAAGCUACAAGUAAGGAUGUAACUCUGGGGCUUGUCAGACAACUUGCCAGCAAUUUGGGCAUCACACAUCCUCCUGAACGAAGCACUCUUACUACUGACAAAGAUGUUCAGUGGUGCAUGGAAGUGUUGUGCUUUGGUUUGUCACUACCACUUUCAGAACAUGAGGCUAUCAAGGAUUGUGUCAAUGUUUAUUGUGAAUGGUUGACAGCUUUGCUACCCAAUCCAAAGAUUUGUGUUCCGAAACCAAUAAUGGAUGACCCAAACAUGUACUCCAGAAAAAUUAUAUCACACUUACACUAUUUAUUUAUACCCAGGAAAGGUGAAGACUGGCCUUUUUUGUAUCAGGACAUAGGGAUUGACACAAUAAACCGACAAGCAGUAUUGUGUCACAGAGUUCUGAGGACACUGCAGCAGAUUGCACAUGAAUCCAAACUGCUAGAAAGGGAUACAUGGGAGUCCUUGUUAUUAUUUUUACUUGCAAUUAAUGAUACUUUGUUGGCACCUCCAACUGUGAAAGAUGAUGUAGCUGAUCAACUUUGUGAGAGAAUACUCAGUGUACUAUUUGAGAUUUGGCUAAUAGCUUGUGCUCAAUGCUUCCCUUCACCACCACUGUGGAAAACAUUAAGAGAAUGCUGCAUGAAUUGGCGACACAGAGUUGCACUAAUUGAGCAGUGGAACAGAGUGAAUCUUGCUUUAACUUCCAAGGUUCUUACAUUCAUGUAUGGACCCAACUUUCCUGAAUUAAAAAUUGGAGAUGAAGACAUUAUUCCCAUGGGCAUGAGUAACGACUGUAUUGCUCAAAGUUGGUAUCGGUUUUUAAACACCAUAGGAAAUCCAGUCAAUCUUACAAAACCAGAAGUAAUUAGCCAAACACAGAAAUUUUUGCAGUUUGCAAUUAGCACGGACGGAGUUGUCGAUCCCUCUCAGCACCCAUGUCUUCAGGCUUUGCCUUUGAUUUUCUUGAAAGCUAUCAAGGGAAUCGCAGGUCAAGUCGACGCCUUUCUAGGUCUAGCUCAACCUGUCUGGUGGGACUCUGUGGUGACUGGUGGCGGCAGCACGGACAAACUGAAGGAGGCCUCAUUGGCCUCCGUCUCACACUCGCCCACGCCUCCGACCCAAAGGAGGCUGGCUAAGAGCUUUAGCGUGGCACCGACUUCGGUUAACAAGGGUGUACCAAAAUCAACAUUGAUUAGUCUGACAACUAGUAGAAGUUCCGCAAUUCCCGUUACUUCUACAAAUUCCGGACCAAGUUCAACAUCAAGCGUUUCCUCAUUGACGUCGUUUGGACCUGACUCAAAAACACCAUUGGCACCAGGGCGACCGAAAUGCAACAGUAUCCUGCAUUUAUUCGGAGAAUGGCUGUUUGAAGCUGCUUUUAUAGGCUGCGAUCUACCGCAAAAGCAAAGUGAUCAAAAGCGUCCUAAUUCGAUAGUAAUGGAUAAUAAAUCUUCCCUAAGUUAUUCUCAACCCGGAUCGCUGGCCGAUUCCGGGGACUUCACCUCGAAUCUACCCAUCGAAAGAUACGAAGCCGGACGCGCUGAAGCGCUGGGCACCCUGUGUAGAAUAAUGUGCGCCAAGAAAACUGGUGAGGAAAUCCUGCCGGUAUAUUUGGCACGGUUUUACUUGGCGGUGCUGCAAGGACUGAAGCUGAAUUCGUACAGGGAGUGUGGUGAAACGAUGGUGGCGAUACUGUUGAAUUCCACCGAUUUGUUCCGUUUGGAUUUGGAUGGCGUUAGAGUAUUGGUGCCGUCGUUUAUUGCUGCAUUAGAACUGGUAUUGCCGAAUAAAGACCUAAAAGUACCAACAGGUGUCAACAAGGUGGAACUUAGAAGAGCAUCAAUACACUUGUUGUUGUCUAUACUUGUACUACCAUUGCACUUUCAAAAUGUCGUCAUUAAAGAACUAAUUAACACAGGACAUCCUGAGAAAGUGGUAACAUGCAGUCAAUUAAAACCCAAGAUGAUGAAUUUGUUGACUAACGGUUUACAAGUAGAGACGGACCCAGUCAAUACACAUAUGUUACUAGGGGGACUGUUUUUGUGCGUACAGGAUUCUGCGAUAUUUGAAAAAGUCCAACAGGUUCAACAAACCGCAGAGACAUCCAGCAAUCUGCUUAGUUCUGCUUCCGACACAGCAAGUACAAUAAGCAUGGCAAGCAGUAAUGACCGCAGUACAACUCCAGAUCAGGGUCCGUCGAUCGAAUACGACCCAUUGCUGUUGCCCCUAGAUUCUGCGCAUGCCCUGUUUGUACGUGCGACUUAUCUGGUAUGUCAUCGGUUGAUAUCGUCAUGGAAGACUGAUUUAAGCAUCUCCUUGGCGGCAUUAGAAUUGCUCUCGGGGCUUGCAAGAAUUCACAUUAAAGAAUCCAACGCGUUGGAGUGUAAGAGAACGGUGAAAUGGCUCUGUGAUUAUAUCAUUCAGCAAUGUUCAAAGCCUCCACAGGCUCAUUCAAAAGAUUUACAUUCCACGAUAGUCGCUGCUUUUCAAUGCUGCUCAGUUUGGCUUCUGGAACAUCCCUAUUUGCUGCGGGAUAAAGAGUGCCUAACGACUGUUUUGGAAGUGGCAGAACUUGGAGUGUCCGGUACUAAAUCGGUUGGAAAACCUGGAGAGGGUGUGAAAAUGAAGGAAGAAAAAGAAUUGAAGCCGGCUUCUAUGAGAGUAAGAGACGCAGCUGAGAAUUUAUUGACUUAUAUUUUGGAGCAAGUUGGUUAUUUUCCUAAUGAAUGUGGACCAGAGAGUAUAUCUUCACUCCUAGAUGAGGUUUCCCUGUUACAACAUUGCAAUUCUUGGCCCACCAAUUGCAAUGAUCAGUCCUCAGCUGUGGAAAGAUUCAGGUACUUUGUUACUGAAGGCUCUGUGAUGAUGGCUUUAUUAGAGGAACCACUGGGUAAUGAUCAAGAUCCACAGCCCACAGUAACAUUGCUGAUCCGUGGCCCAUUCGGACGACACGCCUGGACUUUGCAGUUACGUCAUUUGCCUCGACACCGGUCUGGUACUAAAUAUCACGCACCCAAUCCAUGUCGACCUGUAGUAAUGCAAGAUACACCAGUAAGGCCCCAAACAAAACAGAAAUACUUCCCUGACAGUGUUGAAAGAGUUUCUCACUGCAAAGUUGAUCAGUCCAUUCCAACCAUGGAGUCCGCUAUUGCAAACAACGAAACUGUAAAUUCGGAAACGAAUAUGUUGGCGCAAUUAAUUAACAGACAAACUGUUGUUGAAAACAAUUUGGCGGCAGUACAAUCUUCUACUGUUGCACCGGAAUGUUCGCCGCCUCCAGUGUGUCAUGAUUUCCAAACUGCCAGGUUGUUUUUGUCACAUUUCGGUCUCUUAACACUAGAUGAUGACGAAGAAAAAUCUGCAGUCAGUCCCAGUUUGGCAACUUUGGACAGUAGCGCCACAGACUUCUGCAAAGAUCUCUCUAUGUUAGACAAUAUGAGUCCGAGAACUUGGGACACAGUACACAUAUUCUACGUGCGUACUCAACAAACCCAAGCUCAAGAUAUUGUCAAUAAUGUUUUAAAUGAAAAUUUACUGUCGCCGUUUUUCUUGGAGUUCAUACAUUCCCUGGGUUGGCCUGUGGAAGUCAACAAACAUCCAGGUUGGACUGGACAUGUAUCCACGAGUUGGAAAGUGUCACCAAAUACACAACCGGCCUCGGCCCAGCCAUCAAAAUGUUACGACGGAUCGUCACAUGUUUUGUACUGGGCCGACGCAUGUUCUGAAGUAGCGUUUGUGGUGCCGUCUCAUGUUAAAUCCAAAGACGAUCAUUCUGAAUCAUUCCAAACGAGUAGCCUUUCAUCUUGGAGCGAACGCAGCUUAUCUGACAGUGGCUCCAGAGAUAAACGGACGCUGAGUUUGGAUUUGGAUAAACAACCGGUGGCACCAAAACGAUCCGGUCCAAGAUCAAAUUAUACUUACACCAAUACAAAAAUAAUGGUGGUUUGGCUGGAGAGUUUCGAGGAUCAUUUGACUUUACCAGUUGACGAUUUGCUAAAUUAUAUGAACACAGGACUUGAGAAAGGAGUUACACCCAAGUCUUCAGAUGUGUUGGUUAUUUAUUUGCACAUUUUAAGCACUGGACUGUUAAUAGUCAGUUUGCAAGGUCCGUCAGGAAGGGUCGGACUUGCGUCUCCUCUGGUAGAUGGUAUGGUGGUGAGCAGACGAGCUUUGGGACCUUUAGUGAGACAUACUGCUCUGAAUAUGGCUAGACGGAGACGUCUUGAUUCAGAAAGUUAUCAACCUCCACACGUUAGGCGGAGAUUGAAGGUACAAGAAAUUGUGCAAAAAUACAAGAGAGAGAUGAGUAAACCUGAAUUAUUAACUUACCUUUUUAGCUCUACUUAAAUUAUUUUACUUAAUUGAAUUAAGUACUAAAGUAUUAAUUGUUAAACUUAUUUAUUUUUUAUGUUUAAAACAACUGUUAAUAGUAUUAACUAACUUUAUUAUAACAAAUAUACAUAAAUAAAAAUAUUUACAAAGAA